AGGGAGAGAGAGAGAGAGAGAGAGAGAGAGAGAGAGGCAGCGUUUGCAGGCAAUGUAAUUGACAAGGCUCGCAGUGGUGAAAUAAACACGCUUCAGCCCAGGCGCAGCUUUUUUUUUGUAUUAAUAUUAUUUUUUUGCGCAAUUUGGACUCUUUGGACGCAUCGCCGGCAGUGCGCGCAGACCCGAUUUCAAUUACGAUUAAUUAAUCCGUGUGAAAUUAUGUCCCGAUCGGCGCAGAUCCAGCCGGCAAGAUGAUGAUUUUACCAAGGAGAGGCUCGGAUCGCGUGCCCGACUCGGUGGUCCUGGUGAUCCUGGUGGUCGCCGCUUCUCUCGGUGCCGUCUUCGCCAAGGAUACAGCCUUUGUGGAAGUGGUCCUGUUCGAGUCCAGUCCCAAUGGAGAUUAUACUACUUACACCACUGGCUUGCAGGGACGGUUCUCCAAAGCAGGAGCGACUAUCAGCGCGGAGGGGGAGAUCGUCCAAAUGCAUCCUUUGGGACUAUGUAACAACAACGACGAAGAGGACCUGUACGAGUACGGCUGGGUUGGGGUGGUGAAGCUGGAGCAACCUGAGCUGGAUCCCAGUUGUCUCACUGUGUUGGGAAAGGCGAAGCGAGCGGUGCAGCGGGGAGCCACGGCCGUCAUCUUUGACGUCUCGGAAAAUCCGGAUGCCAUCGACCAGCUGAACCAGGUCGCCGAGGAUCCCCUGAAGAGGCCGGUGGUUUACGUGAAGGGCAACGACGCCGUGAAACUCAUGAACAUCGUCAACAAGCAGAAGGUGGCGCGGGCCCGGAUACAGCACCGACCGCCGCGGCAGCCCACGGAAUAUUUCGACAUGGGCAUCUUCCUGGCCUUCUUCGUGGUGGUGUCUCUGGUGUGCCUCAUCCUGCUCAUCAAGAUCAAACUCAAGCAGAGGAGAAGCCAGAGUUCAAUGAACAGAAUGGCGAUCCAGGCGCUGGAGAAGAUGGAGACGAGGAAGUUCAACGCCAAAGGGAAGGGCCAGCGCGAGAGCAGCUGCGGAGCCUCCGACUCCCUGAGCAGCAGCUCCACCUCCGACUGUGCCAUUUGUCUGGAGAAGUACAUCGACGGCGAGGAGCUGCGGGUUAUCCCCUGUGCACACAGAUUUCAUAAGAAGUGUGUGGACCCCUGGUUGCUGCAGCACCACACCUGUCCUCACUGCAGACACAACAUCAUCGAGCAAAAGAAAGGGAACCCCGGACCGGCGUGCAUGGACCCGGGGAACCCGGUGCACGGCAGGCAGCGGGUGGUGCUGCCAGUGCAUUACCCCGGCCGGGUGCACCGGGCCGGGCAGGUGACGGCCUACCCGACCAGGACCAGCAUGGACCCCCACGGCAACCCCAUCACCGUGCUCACCGUGGACCAGCACCCGGACCCCCAAGGCCUUUACCCGCCGCAGUCCACAUCGGCCUUCCUGCGGAGCUACCACCCCACCCUCCUGGAGCACUCGCUCAGCCCGCACCACUGCGGACUGGAGCACCGGGGGCCCCCCGCCUACCCGGCGCAGCCGCACCACGCCGCUUUCAAGCGACCCAAGUUUCACGGUCGCAACUUUUCCAGAGCGGCCUGCUUCUCGCAGUACGAGACCAUGUACCAGCACUACUAUUUUCAAGGUUUGACUUUCCCCCAGCAGCCCGAGGGCGGCCAGGGGCCCGCCGUGACGGGACAGCUGGGCGGGGGCGGCGCCGCCCACAAGGGCCACCACAGCCGGGCCUUCCAGCAGGGGCUGCUGUACCCCACGGUGGUCCACAUGGCCCCGGCCUCUUCCUCCAGGAUGGGAGACGCCGGCAGCGCGUCGGGCCUGAGCUGCUACCACGGCCACCGCUCGGUGUGCAGCGGCUACCUCGCCGACUGCCCGGGCAGCGACAGCAGCAGCAGCAGCUCCGGCCAGUGCCACUGCUCCUCCAGCGACUCCAUGUUGGACUGUACCGAGGUCAGCAACCAGGGGGUGUACGGCAGCUGCUCCACCUUCCGCAGCUCGCUGAGCAGCGAUUACGACCCCUACGUGUACCGGAGUAAGAGCCCGUGCAGGGGCUCCUCGGGGGAAGCGGGGGCGGCGGCGGCGGGUUGCACCGUCGCCUCGGCGGAGGACUCGUCUUCGCCCGCGCCCCUGGGACAUGACUGCCUCCAGCUCCCGUCCGGAGCGGCGGGAUAUAACUCGGGGGACCACCUCUCCAACUGCAGCUUGGAGCCCAACUACAGCAGUCGCUCGUCACUGGAACCCAGGGAGAACAGCAACACUAGCACUACCUCAGCCGGCGCUCCGGACGCCGCCGGAGUCGACCGGGGGAAGGGGGCGCCGGAGGAGUCGAGGGAGCUGGGGGCCGCGGCCUGCAGCUGCUGCUUCGAGGUGCUCCCCCCUCCCGGCGCCGAUUGCAAAGGGCAGGACUCGGACCAAGCCGGGCCUCUGGCCCCGGGGCGCUGCCACAGGGGGGCGGACUUUCCCAGCUCCACCGCCAAGAACUACUUUGCUCCUGAGCACUUGUGCCCUUCCUCGGAGCAGGUGAGCUAUGAAGGGCUGCCCUGCUGCUUCUACAAAGAGAUGAAGGUCCACAGGGCGGCGGCGGCGGCGGGGCGUUUCACCGAGGACUACGCCGUCAACGUGCAGUACGCGCACGCAGAGUCGGACUCCUGCUCGGGACAGGGCUGCUGCGAACUCAACCAGAGAAUACCCAUAAUUCCCGAGGACACGGAUUGUGAGUUGGGCACAGGGUCGGAGACCCAGACCAGUUUGUUACCCGCCAGCGUGGCGGUGGAGGCGGAGCUGCGGACAGAGGAGCAGAGCGAGCUCGGCGAGCGGUACUUCGCCUCGGGACAGUUCAGAGGUCAGCCGUACCCUCACGACGAGGAGACCAGGGCCCUGUUCCACCCUCAGCUCGCCGCCAGCCCCCCGACGCAGGGGAGCGGCUCGUCGACGAGCGAGGGAGGCCUGGCCAUAUGAACUCCAGUCCAAAAAUGAGCGAGACUCAGAAAUUGUGGUACUAUGUCAGUCAGUCAGUCAGUCAGUCAGUCAUGGAAUAAAAACCCUCAGUUGCCUUGUUGUAUCCUCGCUCUCUGAGCACUGAAUGUUAUCAUCUUAGAUUGUGUGGAUUUCUACUGAAAUGGCCUGUCACUUCUCGAAAUACAAUGUAUCAAGUUCAUUCCUGUGGCCGCGAAAGUCUCUCGACUCGGAGACGAAGUGAAAUAAAUAACAAUGGAGGUUGUUAUCUGAAGCUAGAGUCAGGUUGGUAUUGACAUCUUUGUAAUCGGGGCCCAGUAAUCUAGACGCCAUGUUUUUUUACCGCAAGCUCUAAAAAAAUUAAUUAUAAAAACCUUCAGGUUUCAGUACAAUAGUGAUUCAUAAACGUCUGCAUCUAAUGUAUACAUUUUGUAUAUGUGCGCACAUUACACUGACUGCCUAUAAAGCUUCAGCCACCCAUUGAAAUAGGUUCUAUGGACAUAGCUAUACCAAAACAGAAAGACAUGAUUGUUUUUUUUUCCAAGAGCAGGGAAAUGGGUCUUUUUUUUUUUUUUUUUUUUUCUUCUUAAGGAAAUUGUGACCCUCACAAGCUAUAUAUUACAGAAAACGUGCAUAGAAAUGUGAAUGCAAGGCUGACACUGGUCUUUAUUCAAUAUACAGAAUUAGUUUUUAUGCAUUUCUAUCAAGCCGUGGCCUAAUCUUUGUGAGAUGCGCCGGAGCCUUAUGCUGGGAAGCUGUUUGUAGCAAUAUGUAAAGACGCCGCACGGGCGAGUGUCUCCAGGUCAGUAGGUCUCUUCCUGAGGAGAGUCAACGGGAAGCUCCUGAAAGCAUCUUCCUGCUGUCAACGUCCCCACGAUUUCCCCCAGUGCUCGAAUAAAUAAGGAUCUAGCAUGUAUCAAAAAAAAAAAAGGCCAAAGGAAAGUAGCUGGAAAAAGACUCGUGUUUCAUAAAGGUUUCCUUAUUGUACUGUGACUUUUUAUUUUUUUGAAAUGAUGCAGUUAUACAUACCACAGCGUAUCCAUUCGAAUCAUAUCAUGCCGUUGCAAACUUCACACGAUAUCAGUGCUUUUCAUUCAUGCCUUUCUGUUUGUCCUGCAGACUGUUUUUUUUUUUUUUAAUACUGUUUCUAUGAAAUAUACACAUUCUCUACACAGAGGUAAACCUGAAAUAACCCUAUUUAAGUUAACCCAGUGCUGUAAUCAAGUGAGAAUCUAAUCUUGCCUUUUGCAUAGAGAUAUGUACCUACUGCAAAUAUAACAUUUUUCGGGGUACUUGAGUCACUAUUUAAUUUUUUUUUUUUUUUGUCAUUGUUUCUAGCACUUAAGAAGAUAAAAAAUGUGUACAAAAAUUAAUAUUUUUUAAUUUUUUAAAAAUAUAAUUAUUUUCUGUCAUUACCAUUACAAAUGUUUUUAAAAAAAAGGCUAUAAAUCAAUCUGUGUAUAUUUCUGUACCUGUAUAGCAAACACAUUUCAUAAAUGGAAAUAUGUUCUCUGAAUAUUUAUUUACUAAUAUAUUUAUCUUUAAGCCAUGUCUUAUGUUCAGAGUGUAUGAACGUUUGAGUUAUUUGGUUGCCUUUUUUUUUUUUUUUUUUUUUUUGGAGAAAAAAAAUCACUAACAUGAGACGUUGUAUAUACAUGGUAAUUGCACACAAGACGAUUAAAUCUUCUCUGACCAAAAAACUGAUUUUAAAACUUUAGUACCAUACAGUUUUGUAAUUAAAGUGUACAAAGAUCUGUAAAAUAUACAGUUUUAUUCAA